UACUGAACAUUCAGCAGGACUCUCGCUGCGUUGAGUCAGUCCGCCGAAGCUCUGCGACUGGAGGGAUGUGACCCCGGAACAGGACGCCCUCCUACAACAACACACCAUUCAAACAGAGCAUAGAAGAAAGAAAAGCUGGACCAGGAGGGAGCCACAGGAGCAGGGGGGAUGAACCGCGAGGAGGCCCCAGGGAAGUCUCCUGAAGACAUGUACAUCCAACAGAAAGUGCGGGUCUUGCUCAUGCUAAAGAAAAUGGGAUCAAAUCUUACGCCCAGUGAAGAGGCUUUUCUCCGGAAUUACGCAGGUGUGGUCCACAGUCAGAUGAGCCAGCUACCACAGCACAACAUAGACCAGGGUGCAGAGGACGUGGUGAUGGCGUUCUCCCGGUCAGAGACGGAGGAUCGCCGACAGUGACCCUGGUCCCCUCCCCCCCCAAUUCCACCCCACUACAUCCCUCCCCACCCCCGUCCCACCCCACACCUGAUCCACAGCAACCCAAACUACCACAAAUCUGACACUGAUGAGCUCAGGAGUGGAUGGGUACCCGGGAGGGACAGAAGAGGAGGGGAGAGACACCACGAGGUGGCUGCCCUGCUCUCCUGUCCCUGACUCCUCCUCAUACAAGCUGGCACACCAUUACCUGAGAUGCACUCAAGUGCUUCACUGUGAGUUGAAGCCUCGGCAACAAAGGCCGUCAGUGAAAACACUCACAAAGUGUGGGAUGAAUAUCAAAUGUAGUUUUUUUUUUUUUUUUUGUCUGAGUGGCUUAGUAUUGUUUUGUAUGAUUUUGUCUGUGUUGAGACUUUAGGCAGUGUUACAUAUUAUAUCUGCUGUGGUCACUGGAAGAAGUGACCAGUCAUCAGCUGAUUGAAGCAAAGAGAAAUAUAGUUUUGGUCGAGCAGCGAGUGUGAUGAUAGGUCGUGUUAGGGGAGACAUUUUUAAUUUUUUCUGCUUACCCUAAUGGGGCUGAAAAUGUUUUUUGAUUUAGCUGUUGUGUUAUAAAAGCUUUUGUAUUCUGUCACAAAGGGGGCCUCAUUUAUAAACAUUUCAUGUGUAAAAGAGGAGGCGUGAAAGAUGGGUCUGUCCUGUCCCACGCAGCUGUUAGGACGUUAUUGGAGAGCAUCAACACAUCUACUGUAACCUGCAUGCUUAAAGCAGAGUAGUGAUAUAAAAUCUAAUGUAUUAAUAACUCUAUUCAGACAAAUCAUUUCACUUAAUAUUCUGCUGUUGCGUAGUCUUGCAUUGCCAGACCUAUCUCCACUGCUGAAGUAUGAUCUGGCGACAUAGCAUAUCUAUUCUGGGAUAGAGCGUAAGACACUCUGGCUUCUUUGUGUUUCUUUAAACCAAUCCCAACCGUCCUGGGCGGCGCCAAGCCCCGGAUGCAGCAAUGGUGUCCAUGCAAAAUAGUUGGCGAAGAUGGAAGGGGCGAGGCAGCCGUCAGGCUUAAUCCCACCAAUGGACGUCCAUUGAGCCAAACUAAGUGCAGUAAGCUCCAAUAUGCAGAAAUGUUUUUUGGUGUUUAUACUUUUAUUUUAGAAUAAUUUGACUUUCUGAUCACGCAGUGCUUGCUGCUGCUGUGACCCGCUGAUGUCUCUUAUUGGUCAAACUAGAAAUACUAACAAACACCAAACCCUUAAUCUAACUUACUCAAGAGCUCAUUUCUCUUUGUGGAUGUUGCAUCUGACCUUUCGUUAAUGAACAAAUAUUAGAUUGACAUGCUGGUUGAUGUGUGUAUUAACACUCACAACAGACCUGUUGUUAUUAAUCAGUCAUGUUUAAUUAUGGGAGUUAACAGCGCAGGAUGACGAGGCCAUUAAGGUG